GACAUCUCCUCUUGAAACAGCGAUAGGGACGACUCUGCUGAACAUAAAGCUCCUGUGUGACUGGUGCCUGUACGAACGACAAAGUCAUCUUCACUUUUACUAGAGUUGGGACUUCAGAGGAACCUCGUAAAGCGCAGAAUGGCAGCACAGGUGAAGGGAGCUUCAACCAUGGCAAACAAGGGUCCAUCUUAUGGGAUGAGCCGCCAAGUGCAGGAUAAAAUCGAGCAGAAGUAUGACCCUGAGCUGGAGGUGCGUUUGGUGGAGUGGAUCGCGACUCAGUGCGCUGGGGUUGAAAAACCAGAGGCUGGAAAACUGGGUUUCCAGGCCUGGCUCAAAGACGGAUGUGUUUUGUGUGAGCUCAUCAAUACUCUGUGUAAGGACAAGCCUGUGAAGAAGAUCCAGAGCUCCAGCAUGGCCUUCAAACAGAUGGAGCAGAUCUCACAGUUCCUCAACGCUGCGGAGCACUACGGUGUCGUCAAAACCGACAUGUUUCAGACCGUAGAUCUGUGGGAGGGGAAGGACUUGGCUGCGGUGCAGAGGACACUCAUGGCUCUCGGCAGCAUCGCCGUUACAAAAGAUGACGGCUGCUUCCGUGGAGAUCCCAACUGGUUCUUCAAGAAAGCUCAGGAGAACCGGAGAGAUUUCUCUGAUGACCAGCUGAAAGAAGGGAAGAACGUCAUUGGUCUGCAGAUGGGAUCCAAUAGAGGGGCGUCCCAGUCUGGCAUGACAGGCUACGGCAGACCUCGACAGAUCAUGAACCCAUGAGCCAAUCACUCGCCACGUCCUCCCCCACCGCAUCCCAGCUGACCAGAACCACAGUGUAAUAAAUAUAAAGAAAGAAGAACUCCACUCAGUACAAAAACAAGUUUCCACACCCAGUGUCAGUCCCUACUUGUGAAACAUGUUUGGUCUAAUUAAAAUGUUCUUUGUUGAA